AUCCAAUACUGCCCAGUUCGGUGAGCCCGCGUGGGCGCCCCUCUACCAUGGGUGAGGUGUGAGCUGGGUGAGGGCAUAUUUAUACCCUGCUGCCCUCAUCGCGCGCGCGCCGCCGGCCUGUCCCCGUUAUCUUGUUCGGUCGUAUCACUCUCUUUCACCUCCCGCCAACAAAGAACCUGCCGCUGCCCUUCUCUCCGCCCGUAAUUCACGCCCCGACAGAAUUCACCAUGUUCAAGCUCGCAGGUGUAGCCCUCCUCGCGAGCGUCGCACUCGCUCAGAUCCCGGGUCUGCCCUCGUGCGCCCAAGGCUGCAUCACCAACUACGGCGGGUGCAACCAGGUCGACGUCGCGUGCAUCUGCAGCAACCAGCCACUUCUCGAGACUCUGUCGUGCUGCGUGUCACAGAACUGCGAUCAGUCAGGCAUUGAUGAGGUUAUCAGCUUCGCCAACGCUCUGUGUGGCUCAUACGGUGUGACCACUCUGCCUACCGCUGCCACCUGCGCCGCCACCGCGUCCGGCCCAGCGCCCACCGGCACUCAAACCAGCAGCGCCAGCGGCUCCGAGACCUCGCCUGCUACCACAUCUGCUCCUGCCGCUGGCAACAACACCAAAGGAAGCAGCACGACCUCCGGCGCUGGUGCACAAACCACAGGCUCCAGCACCUCUGCGGCCGCUGCACCCACCAACAUGGCCCAACAAGUCCUUGCCCUCGGUCUGGGUGCUGCUGGUAUUCUUGCCGCUUUGUAGAUGGUCGGAGAAAAGAGCAUGGGGGAAAUUGCGAACGUGUUGCAGAUGACAACAUGAAGAACGGAGUGUGCAUUAUGAAAAUAGGGCCUCAUAUACCAAAAUACCUCUUCCGGAUAGUGUUUAAAGACUGUGUUCAAAGACGGCUGACGAGAGUCAACUGUUGCAACACCAUGAAGUUGGCUUGAAGAUAUCCACUCUUCUUAGUGACCCA